UUUAUCAACUCAAAGAACUCGAAGUCACAUCAGUCAAUUUUAUUGACAUACACACUUUGGACGUACUGCAAUCUAAAGAUUCUCGCUCUUUGUCGGCCGAAGCAUUAAUUCUAAUUCUCAAUCGUGACACGGCGUAUGCUAACGAAUUGGAUAUAUUCCGUGCCGUUUGUCGGUGGAUCAAAAAGAACCAAGACCACCUAGUUCCUGGAGAUAAAACCAACAUUUUAUCUGCCGUCAGAUAUAAGCUUAUGAAUAAUGAAGAAUUAUCUGAAGUUAGGGGAUCAGAGCUGGUUCGUUCGGAUAGAAAUAUUUUAGAUGUCAUAAAAGAGUCCCUCACACAAACAAUAAAUGAUCGAGGACGAUUAGAACCAAAUGUGAAUUUCGCUCAAGAAGAUCCGAUUGAGGUUUCUCAAAUUGACGGCGGUACCAUGAUCAUGUUGCAUCAUCCAUCGAAUAUAAACUAUAUCGAAAUGAAUUUAUGUGACGUAGAUUCAUGCACUUACUCGUAUUACAUUGAUGUAUCAGUGGAUAGGCUCGAUUGGUUGCGUGUAAUUAAUCAUUCAAAUUAUGAUUGUCGGUCAAUUCAACGUUUGUGGAUUAACCGAAUAUAUGUUCGGUACAUCCGUAUUGUUGGAACCAAAAAUACUAGUAAUAAGACUUUUAACUUUUUAAAAGUCAUGUACAAUACGGACAAAAUGCACUUGGUGGAAAUCAAAAACGGAUUAGUUGCUCCAAGGUUUAAUGUUGCUUUAUCGUCUAUGAAUGCUACUUUAAUCAAAGGAUAUACGGAAACUUUGGUUAGAGGAAGGAGGACUCCGUCACGAUGGAUAACAAGUAACAUUUUGAGUGGUGACUAUGAAAACUGCAGUAAAUUACGCGCAUAUACAUAUCAUGGCAUAAACUCGGGAUGUAUAGAGGUUCAACUUGCCCAACCGUAUGUGCUAAGUUCAAUGAGGAUGCUGCUUAGAGACUGCGAUAGCCGAACCUUCUACGGUUACACUGUUGAAGUUUCAGUCAAUAAUGUAGAAUGGGACGUGAUUGUAAAUAAAUCUAAUAAAUCGGCACGAUCGUGGCAGUUGUUGCAAUUUGAUCAAAGGCCGGUAGUGUACAUACGUAUUACUGGCGUUCGCUCUUUAAAUGAAGAUGAAACUUUUAAUAUUGUAUAUUUGGAGGCACCCGCUCAAGUUUCGCUAGAUUGCAAAAUCACAAAACGGUGGCAGUCGAUGUUGCGACUUUUAAAUCGGAAAUAGCGCCACCAUUCGCC